ACUUUAAUGGCUCUUGCACAUGUUUCACGACGGGUUAUCAGCAAUCAAAUACGAUGCUUUGCUGCAGCGAAUCAAGAGACGAGUUUAGUACAUGUUGAAAAGCAAUUCGAAGCUAUAGAACCGGAGAAAAGAGAUAAAGAUGCAUUCAUGGCAGCGAUAGCCACGUUCAAGGAAAAACGAGGUCGAACGCAUGUCGAAUUUAUCAACACAGCUCUAAAAUAUGUCAAAGAAUAUGGGGUUCAUAAGGAUAUCGAUACUUAUAAAGGACUCCUUGAAGUUUUUCCAAAAGGAAAGAUGAUCCCACAAACUGUUUUCCAAAAAGUUUUCCUGCAUUACCCUCAACAACAAAAUUGUGCAGUGAAGGUUCUAGAUGAAAUGGAGUGGCAUGGUGUUCAACCGGAUAAGGAGAUCCAUGAUAUCGUGGUCAACGCAUUCGGAGAGUGGAAUUUUGCAACGAAAAAGGUGAAGCGUAUGCUCUAUUGGAUGCCAAAGCUGAAACAUUCGAAUAAAUAUCUGGACAGGCGCCACGUGGAAGGGAAGUCUCUAUCACCCUCCGAGUUAGCCGGAAUCGCGCUGAAAAUGAUGAGCCGAGACGCUGCGUCCUCUAUUUCGCUUCUAAAACUGUCAGAUUCAUCAGAUCCACAACAAAAAUGGCUAGCCACGUCACAGAGCCCAAUGCAACAGAUAUUAAUUUCUGAAUUGCGAAAAGGUGAUGAAGUCUUCGUGGAUGCUGCAAAAGUCUAUCUACAAGACAGAGUUAUUCCAUUUAUCACAUUAACUGGAAAUACGAAGCUGGAACCUUUAAACGAGUUCAAAAACGAAGAUAUGGACGAAGAUUAUACAAAUUGGUACGCGGACUGGCAGAAGCAAAGAGGAGAAGCUAAAAGAUCGAUCCACGAACAAGACCACGAAACGAUUUUCGCAAUGGGUGCUAUGUAUAAAGAUGAUAAUGCAACAGCGAUUCGAUGGAUUGAUAAUCUACAAAAAACCAACCCAAAUAUGGAGAACCUGAGGUUCCGAGUUCGAUUGGAAGGAAACCCGAUAAUUUCAAGAAAAUAAAAUGUAUUGUGUUGACUAGAAUUUGAGAAACAAUAAAUAAUUAACAGUUUG